GCGGUGUGCCGCUGCCGCCCCGUGCGGGGCCGGGCGCGUGGGGCCGGAGGUGCACGAGCAGCUGCCUCGCACCGCGCUGGGGUGGCCCCGGUGCCCUGGCUCGCUGCUCCCCUCGCCGGGGAAGGUCCGUCGUGCAGUCAGGAGUACAAAGUUUCCUGACAGUAGCCAUUUCUGUCCGUGACAGCUCUGCUCCGAGGAUUGUAUCUGCGGGAGUGGGGUUGGGAUGGCUGAAUGGGGACAGAUGUGUCCUGUUCGCCAUCCUGCAGCCUCUGCUCUUCCUGGUGCAGCUGCUCCAGGGGCUGCCUGUCGUUUGCAGUUGCUGCCAGAGGUUCAGCAAGCGCUGCCUGUUCUCGGCAGGGACCGUCCUCCUGUCUCAGCUAGUCUGCCCACAGCUGAAUCCAGGCUGGAGCUGCCAGGUUGCUUCCCUCAAGGUUGGGAGGGACUUGGAGGCAACAGAGAAUGGCGACAGGGAGAACUGGCAUGUGGAGGUGCGGGGGAACCGGCAGGUCUUGGGCUCUCCUGGAGUGCCAGCCCAGCCCAGCCCUUCAGGGGAGCGGGGCUGGUCCCCAGGCACCGGGGUGCAGAAGGACCGGGCCGGCUGAGCCUGCUCCUGUGGCAUCACUGUGCUCCCACGAGACAGGACGGGGUGUCCUGGGAGAUGCUGGGAGAAGCAAAAGCCCCUUGGGCAGACGGAGGCCAGGGCUCUUUGUGGUGUCACCCUGCAGCAGAGACACGCAGCAGUAGCUUGGGGAGUGACUCAGAUGCCGGCUCCCAGCUGGCUUCCUCAGUGUGUCUGGGGUGGGGAGGAAACAGGCUGAACUGGCUGGGACCUGUGAUCUCCUCUCCGAGUCCCCUGCAAGCUCCAGGCUCGCUCCCCACCUCGCAAGCAACGCCUUUACGCCCACAGUCGGGAAAUGAAUUAAGAGCCUGGUCUGCAGGUGAGGGACGCAUUCUGGAUGCUGCAGCCAAACCCUGCACAGUGCCUCUGCGCUUGGAGAGAUGAACCCCAAACUUUCCUACCUUCUCCUGUUUGGGGCUGCGGUGAUAAUCUUCAUCCUCUCCUGCAUGCUACUGAGCAGGGGCAGGCGAUCGCCCAGCUGUGAUUCCCAGCCCCACAUCGUGGAGAAGAUGGGAACCACGAGCCAGAGCCUGGUCUUUGCCGACCUGACAGGCGAAGAGAUGGUGCAAGUGGUGCGGUACCUGCAGGGAAACCUCGGGGUGCAGCUGGUCGACGCCUCGCGUGCCGAACCCUCGGACAACUGCAUCGCCUCCGUCGACCUGCAGGUCCCCGCCAAGGCAGAGGUGCUGCGGUUCCUGGACGGGGGGGGGCCUCGCCCCCCCCGGGAGGCGCUGGCUGUGCUGUACUUUGGGAACCAGCCAGACCCCAACGUCACCGAGUACGUGGUGGGUCCGCUGCCGGCGCCGGUGUAUCACCGGGAUGUCACGGUGCGGAAGUACGGCGGGAAGGUGCCGUACCACCGCAGGCCUGUUACCGGUAAGGAGUACCUGGAUAUCAACACCCUCAUCCAGCGGGAGCUGAGAAAGGCACCACGCUUCCUCUGUGCGUGCUGCGAGUCCGACGGGACCGACCUGGCCAUCCUCACGACGGCCCCGCGGGGCUUCAAGUCUGGCGACCGCAUGACCUGGUUCGUCCUCUUCCACAGCGUGGCCGGCACCGGCUACUACCUCUCGCCGGUGGGGCUGGAGGUGCUGGUGGAGCAUAAGGAGCUCCAUGUCUCCCACUGGCAGCUGCGCCAAGUCUUCUACAACGGCCAGUUCUUUGCCAGCAUGGGGGAUCUGGAGAAUAAGUUUAUGACCAACUUGCUGGAGGUCGUCCAGAUCAAGAAGCCCCUGGCUGACACAGUGCUGGGCUCGAUGAGACCUCGGCGCCCGCCCAGCUCCCUGGGCCCGCUGCAGUACGAGCCCCAGGGUCCCCGCUACAGCGUCAGGGACAACCGCGUCACCUUCCAGGGCUGGAGCAUCGCCUUUGGCAUGAACCCCAACUCCGGCCCACGCCUCUUUGACAUCAGGUACCGUGGAGAGAGGAUUGUCUACGAGCUGAGUCUCCAGGAGGCUUUAGCCCUGUACGGCUCCAACUGCCCCGCGGGCACAGUGACCCGCUACCUCGAUGGCAGCUUCGGCAUCGGCAGGUUUGCCUACGAGCUUGUCCGGGGCCUCGACUGCCCCUACACGGCCACCUAUGUGGACCGGCAUUACCUGGUGGAGUCAGACACCCCCAAAACCAACCAAAAUUCGCUCUGCAUUUUUGAGCAUGACGCUGCCCUCCCUCUGCGGCGCCACUUCUCUGACUCGCAUUCCUCGUACUACGGCGGGCUGCGGAAACGCACGCUGGUCAUCCGUGCUGUCUCCACUCUCAUCAACUACGACUACAUCUGGGACUUCAUGUUCCACAGCAGCGGGGCCGUGGAAGUCCGGGUGCAUGCCACCGGCUACAUCAGCUCCUCCUUCCUCCACGGCCGAGGCACUGACUAUGGCAACAGAGUUGGGCCCCACACGCUGGGGACGAUGCACCUCCACCACAUCCACUACAAGGUGGACCUGGAUGUUGACGGGCAGCUGAACUCCCUGGAGACCCAGGACAUGGAGUACAGGCUUGUGACUGAACCCUGGAACAUGCCAAACACCAUCGAGCGGCCGUACCUCCGCAGGGAAAGGCUGGAGAGUGAGGAUGAGGCGGCGUUCCCGCUCAACGACCCCAUGCCCCGCUACCUCUCCUUCGUCAGUCCCAAUUCCAACAAGUGGGGGCAUCCGCGCAGCUACCGGAUCCAGAUCACCAGCUUCGCCGGGAAGCACCUGCCCACCACCAGCCCCAUGGAGAGGUCCAUCAGCUGGGGCAGGUACCAGCUGGCCGUCACCCGGCGCAAGGAGGAGGAGCCCACCAGCACCAGCGUCUACAACCAGAACGACCCCUGGACACCCACCGUCGCCUUCGCUGACUUCAUCGACAAUGAGACCAUCACUAACGAGGAUCUGGUCGCUUGGAUCUCUGUGGGGUUCCUGCAUGUCCCCCAUGCCGAAGACGUCCCCAACACAGUGACCGUGGGGAACGGCGUCGGCUUUUUCCUGAGGCCCUACAACUACUUUGAUGAGGAUCCCUCAGUGGACUCUCCUGACAGCGUCUACUUCAGCAGCGAUCGGGAUGCCGGGGCGUGCAGGGCCAACCCCCUCGCCUGCCUGCCCGCCGACGCUGCCUGUGCCCCCCACCUGCCCCCCUUCCGCUAUGGGGGCUUCCUCAACCUCAGCCUGGCACUGUCGCCCGGCGGGCUCUGAGGGGGCUGGGGCCGGGGCUGCCGCUGCCCCCGUGCCCGGCUGGCGGGUGCACCCUUGGAGGGGCUCUGCUGCCGCACCAGGACCUUCUCCCCCGCGCCUGGGAUGUCGCGUGCUCAGGGUCGGGCUCUCAGAGGAGCUCGGCUCUCAUUUUGGCACCGCAGCGCUGCCAAAGGUGGACUCAAAGCCUCUGAAAAACAGCCCCUAGGAGUGAUUUUUUUGGAGACUCCAUCCAGGACGCCACCCAAAGUGCUGUGGGGUGCCCACGGCUGCUCUCCUCCCCUGGGAUGGGGGCCCCUGCUGCCUCCCCAAGGUAGGUCGGUGCACACAGGGCAAUGGUGCUGGCCAGGGCUGGGCACUGCACAAAGCUGCAGCUCCCCUUGGAGCUGAGGUUUUGCUCAGGGUGGUGGGAGUGGGUGGCGUGGUGGCCACCGUGGCCCAGCCGCUGCCCUGGGGGCAUUGGGCUGCGGGGAGCCAACAGCUCCAGCGUGCCUGAAACACCCACCCCGAUCCCACAGCCACUGCAGCCCCAGGGCUGCUGGGGCCCAAGCGACACUGAGCUCUGGGUGCCAAGCCCUGGGGACAGGGACAGAAACAGUGCACUGGGCUGCACCGGGAGCCCGCAGGAGCAGCACGCUGGAAGGCGGAGGGACGGGCACUCCCUGGGCCGAGCUGCCCCAUCUGCACCCUUCUCCAAUAAACAGGCACUCGGGUGCUUUUUCUGACUAAA